GAAGAAAAUGGAGUAGGAAUGCAUCACGGAGUUUUUACUGGUUAAAACACAACAUAGGUUGAUAUAUAUUGUGUUCUAACGUUCUUUUAACAACCUGAAAGGCAUUCAUUUUGAAUUACAUUUGCAUAUUUUAGCAAAUUCCAUAACUCUCUAAAGAUGAUGCAAAGAAUGAUGCCUCCACGUUCCAGACCUCCUGUUCCCAGACACGGUGGACCUGGUCCUAUGGGCCCAGGACACCACAGAGCUCCUCCCAGGGGAAUGACCCCUCAAAUGAGUUCACCAACUUACAAUUCUGGUCCAUCAGCUCAAGUAGGGAGUGUAACUAAUGAUCCUAAUACAGCUAGAUCACGAGUGUUUGUAGGAAAUCUGAAUACUAUUGCUCUCUCAAAGGAAGAUGUAGAGCAGAUCUUCAGUCGUUAUGGAAUUGUCACAGGGCUGUCAAUGCAUAAAGGGUAUGCCUUUGUUCAGUAUGGCAAUCAGCUGGAUGCGAGACGAGCUUGUGGUGCUGAGGACGGAAUGACUUAUGCAGGACAAGCCCUGGAUAUCAAUAUUGCCUCUGAGCCAAAGCAUAGACCAAAUCAAAAGACUUCAGUUGGCCAGACUUCCAGUGGUACAUCUCGUGUCAUCAAUACACAAAGUGGACCCCCAGCAAAAAAGCAGAGGACUGACUCAGGAGCAGGGGGCAUAAAGAGAACUCUGGUCAAUCUUACUGCAGGAAGCAGUGCCAGUGCUCCAACCAGUAAAACUAUCACUCAGCUUGCACAGGCUGCCAAAGAUGUUCUGAUUUGUGGUGUUUGUAAGACAACUUUUAGCAGUCUACAUAGUCUGGCCCAACACAAGAAGACCCCAUGUCGACUCAAGAUCUCUUGUCAAUGUCAGAGUACCCCACCACCAGAGUCCCCUGAGCCCCUUCAGCUGGUGUGUGCUACUUGUGGUGCAGAAUUUGCAGCUGCCUGGGAUCUCUGUCAGCAUGUGCAACUAGAGCAUGGUCUCUCCAUUUACAAAGAUGAGGAGGAGACAAUUGAAGUCAAAGAGGAGGUUGUACUGGUAGAUGGAGACAACAAUGAAGUCAGUGAAAAUGGUCAGUAAUGGAAAACUUUGACUUGGGAGUUAAUCUGGCGGAUGGAGUGGGACAUGUUCCGACUUACAUUUAGACAUUCAACUUUAACAUGUUUUAUCACCAGUGGAUUAUUAUCAAUUUUCCUACCCUCAUUUCAUCAUUGUCAUUUUUCAUCUAUUUGCAAGGAAGAUUUUAUUGUUAAACCAUGUUAUCAGAGACUCUGACGUGUAAAUUGAACAUGUUUUUCCAUGCAUUAAAUUUUUUAGAAAAUGAAAUUGUUUCAUAUAUCACAUCUUUUUGUAAAUAGACAUUACAUGUGAUCUGAUUUUACUUUUAGUGACAUGGAAUUUCCAAAGUUCAUUACCAGAUUUGUCAAUCAUUCUCUUCUCUGACAAUAUUUCAUUUGUUCAAGAGCGAUCACAAUUUGAUUGUUAUGCUAUAUUAAAACAGGUGUUUAUAUUGUAUAGAUUGGAGUCAAUCUUGUAACGAUGACAUGUAUUGCAAUUUGUAAGUACUCGUAAUCACUCAACUAUGUUGAUGAAUUUGCCAACUUGUUGUACAUCUUCCUGUAGGCUAAAUUUAGCAUUUAAAGAAAAUAAUAUCCAGCCUAUAUUUAUGAAGAAGUCUUUGUGUUUUAUUGUUUUGUUUUAAUGGUGACAAUAUUUUGCAGGAGAAGUUUGAUUUUCAUUUUGAUAGGACACAUUGGCGAAAAUUGUUUAUUUUACUUUUUUUUUUAAAUUUAUCAUGUCUAUUUUUGCAAUUUCUUUGCAUAAUUUAAUAUGGAUUGUACUUGAACAUUUUUUUGUCAAUAAACAUGGGCUGGUA